AUGACCAAUAUGGUUCCUCUUGAAUCCUCACCGCGUUUUGGCGUUUUCAGUUACGGCGGUUGCAGCGGCGGCAGAGGCGGUUUCACGGAGGCGAUGAUGAUCAGAGAAGCAACAAUAAACAAUCAAGAUUCUAGUGGAGAAACAUGCUCCGUCUCCGAUCCAACAGCAGCUUCUACUAACUAUCAUAACAUCUCUUCCCCUCUGGCCAACAAAGACGACCGGUCCGGCUCAAAGAACGACGACGUCGUUUCUUGUAUCAAUAAAGAAGAUGGUAACAAAGACAAAUCUUGGCUCCGCUUAGGUAUAGGCCCUGAGGAGGAGAAUAACAACACGGCGUCGUAUAAGGUCCAACGUUGUUGUAGCAAGAACGCAAGUGGAAGAGAAACUUCGUUAGAGCUCAGUUUGUUCUCCUCAACUUUAACCGCGGCAGGAGCGGUUAGUAGUAGUGAAGAUCACCCGCAACCGCAGCAACCGCCGCAGCCGCCAUAUUCGCAUGACCAAUUGCUGACGAUGCGUGGAGCGUCGUUGGUUUACAAUCACCAGUUUAUUCGGCCUCAAACGCUAUUAAAUCGCGGUUUUUCGUUUCCAUCUUCAAAGCCGUGGAUACCUCAAUACACGGCACCAUUUAGACCGUCAUCAUUAGGAAUGAUGAGUGAGCGUGACGUCACUAAUAAUAAUAGUGUUACAAGUAGUUGCUAUGUGGAGGAGGGAGGGGCUGGACCAAGCUCGGAGUUUAGGGUUCUUGAUCCUCCAAGAAGACCACAUUCUGGUCUUUGGUUUCUUCUUCAGGCUUCACAAUUCCAGGAAAAGGAACCGUUCUUGCCUCAAGUAAACAAAAGCUACUUGAGAAUCAAGGAUGGGAGAAUCACAGUUAGAUUACUAACUAAGUACCUUAUGAAGAAGCUUCAAUUGGAUAGCGAAUCUGAGAUAGAGAUAAGGUGCAGAGGACAACAAUUAUCGCCGUUGUUGACGAUGCAACAAGUAAGAGAUACAAUAUGGAGUCCAACAAAAUCAUCAUUACCAUCAUCAUCUCCCUCUUUCAUUUUGCUUCGGGAUUCAUCAACUAGUGAUCAUGUCAUGAUUUUGCAUUAUGGGAAGUGGAAUCUGAACUCUAAAUGGCGUACGUACGAGCCAGCCAACUAACUGCUCUGACUACUCACCUAUAAGCCCUAGUCACGUUGUUAUUACCUUAGGUUCCCAUAUUUGUUUUGUUCAACUGUC